UGGACUCAGUCAGAGGCAGUCUGCGGAACCGGCUUACUCGAGCGCGCCGGAACCUGGUCCCGGGCUGUACCCGGAGCGGGCCAUGCCCCCGCGGGAGCUGAGCGAGGCCGAGUCGUCCCCGCUUCGGGCCCCGACCCCUCCCCCGCGGCGGGGCAGCGCGUCCCCGGAGCUGGGCAUCAAGUGCGUUCUGGUGGGCGACGGCGCUGUGGGCAAGAGCAGCCUCAUCGUCAGCUACACCUGCAAUGGGUACCCCGCGCGCUACAGGCCCACGGCGCUGGACACCUUCUCCGUGCAAGUCCUGGUUGAUGGAGCCCCGGUGCGCAUUGAGCUCUGGGACACAGCGGGACAGGAAGACUUUGACCGCCUUCGCUCGCUCUGCUACCCAGAUACGGAUGUCUUCCUGGCCUGCUUCAGCGUGGUGCAGCCCAGCUCCUUCCAAAACAUCACAGAGAAAUGGCUGCCGGAGAUCCGCACUCACAACCCCCAGGCGCCAGUGCUGCUGGUGGGCACGCAGGCAGAUCUGAGAGACGAUGUCAAUGUACUGAUUGAGCUGGACCAGGGAGGCCGGGAGGGACCUGUGCCCGAACCCCAGGCUCAGGGUCUGGCAGAGAAAAUCCGGGCCUGCUGCUACCUGGAGUGCUCAGCCUUGACGCAGAAGAACUUGAAGGAGGUGUUUGACUCUGCCAUUCUCAGUGCCAUUGAAAACAAAGCCCGGCUGGAGAAGAAACUGAAUGCCAAAGGUGUGCGCACCCUCUCCCGCUGCCGCUGGAAGAAGUUCUUCUGCUUUGUUUGAACAGCUGUGGCAGCACAAUGAUCAAUAGGCUAAUGGCCACAGACUUCUAGAACCUGGGGCACAGGGCCUUUGAGGGCUGUGCUGGCAGGGCCCAGCCACCCCAUGGGACUCAGUUCUUGUCUGAACACUGUGGAGACUCGGGCCUUUACUUCUGUGUGCCCGGGUGAGCCUAGGGCCUGGAGGAGGGAAGGCUCUGACUUGGAUUUCUAUGGUCAGGGCUCACAGAGAGAUCCCAGUACUUGGAUUUUCAUGGGGUGAUCCAAACAGUGUCAGCCAUCUCCAAGCAGUUUGGGAUCCAAUUUCCAGUUUCUUGUUGUGGGCCCUCAGAUCAUCCUGCAUGAAUUGGGACCCCUCAUAGUGGUCCCCACCCGCUCUUUGGCACCAGGGUGAGGAAGAGCCUGGGGAACAGCAUCCUGAAGGGCUGUGGUGUCUGGCCCUGACUUGGAGAGGAGAUUAGGAUGGAUUAGUUAAGACAAAGGUCAGUGAGAGAUUGAGAGGGAGCAGAGGGUAAAGCCUUGGAACCUUGGGACCGGAGGCAGGCUGGAGAAGAGGAGGCAGAUCAGAGGGCCAGGCUUGGAAGGAAGAAAAGAAAAGGAGAGCAGAGAAGUGGGGCAGCUGGGAACCAAGGCUGACACCUGGGCUGCCCUUAACCCCCAAGGCCAUGGAGGGCGGGGCUGGUCCCUGGGAAGAACUGGGUCUCAGGUCUCCCUAGGCACUGCCCAAACUGGCUGGGCCAGGAAGUGAGAGGCAAGGCGCAGCAAGAGGAGGGGGAGGAGCUGCAAACUGGAGCCUGAAAGAAGAAGGGGCUUUCUCCAAGGUCACAGUCUGGAAGAUAGGGCAGUGUGGAGUCUACAAAUAAAGCCUUAAGUUUCUGAA